AUGCUGCUGCCGCCUAUUAUUUUGAAUUCGGGAUAUGAGCUGGACCAAAAGCGGUUUUUUAAGAACAUAGGGGUGAUUUUUACAUUUGCCUUUGCAGGGACGUUUGUUUCAGCAGUAGUGAUUGGUCUUUUGACGUAUCUAUGGGCGUUAACAGGGCUGGAACAGGUGAAGAUGUCAUGGGUUGACGCAUUUUCGUUCGGGGCGACCCUCAGUGCAACGGAUCCAGUCACGGUUCUUGCGGUUUUCCACACGUAUGGCGUGGAUCCUGCGCUGUAUACUAUUAUAUUUGGAGAAAGCUUGCUGAAUGACUCUGUUUCAAUUGUAAUGUUUGGGACGCUGCAGCGAUUUUACCACAAAGAAAUGCAUCUAGUUGAUAUUUUUAUGGGGAUUUUCAAAUUUUUUAUCUCUUUUGUCAUUUCUCUAAUGAUUGGAGUGAUAAUAAGUAUUUUUGUGGCAUUGAUGCUUAAACACUCGCAUCUUCGUCGGUUUCCACACAUAGAAUCAUGCAUCAUUAUACUGAUGGCGUAUGCAUCUUACUUAUUUUCAAACGGAUGCCAUAUGUCUGGCAUUGUUUCUCUUUUAUUCUGUGCAAUCACAAUGAAGCACUAUGCUUUCCACAAUAUGUCUAUACAAACACAAAUAUCUACAAAAUUUUUAUUUAGAACAUUAUCUCAACUUUCAGAAAAUUUCAUUUUCAUCUAUCUUGGCCUUUCACUUUUUACACAGGCAAAUCUUGACUACAAACCGCUGUUUAUUCUGGUUACAAUUUUUUCAAUAUGUAUCGCAAGAUAUACGGCAAUAUUUCCAAUUUCAAAACUCAUCAACAUGGCUUCUCGUUCCAAUUAUAUUUUUUCUAAUGAACUUCCAAAAUCCUAUCAAAUUAUGUUAUUUUGGUCAGGUUUAAGAGGCGCUGUUGGCGUAGCACUCACAGAAGGUUUCAAAGGAGAAGCAACAGAAGUACUCAAAACAACCGUAUUAAUUGUUGUCGUUUUAACAGUUAUUAUAUUUGGAGGGACAACUCCUCAAAUGCUAGAAAUUGUGGGUAUUCAUAUGGGCAUCUUCCAAUAUGAAGAGGAUUAUUCUAUAGAAUAUUUCUAUGACAAACACAUAAAUUUGGAAGAAAACGUGCAAGAUGAGUUUCAAUAUAUAAAAAAAAGUUCUUUCCUACCCAAUGAACAAGAAGAAAACCAAUAUCAUCAUGAACUUCAUUUAGGUUCGGGGCAACUUGAUUCACCAGGAUCAAUUGAUCAUUCAUAUUAUUCUUCUAAGAGUUUUGACCAAACAAAAAACGAAAAUAAUGACCAAACACUCGUUGAUCCCGACAUAUUCUUUUCCUCAGGUUCUUUAAAAUCUACACACCUUAACGAAGAAAUAUAUUCCACUCUGCCACAACCUAAAACAAAAAACGAAGAAACACCAUUUACACAAAAGCCGCAAACGUCAUCAAGUGAUCAUAUGAAAUGGUUUCGAGACUUUGAUUCCAAAAUUCUUAAACCUCUAGUUCUUGAAAAAAAUAUAUUUGCAAAAGAAAACAAUAAAAAACAAUCAUUCUAA